AGGCCGGCAGUCAGGACCCAGAACCAAACUCUGUCAAUGCUUCACGGUCCAGUAGAUCCUCCAUUGGUAGAUCUCACGCUCGGCGAGCUUCUCGACCUCCAGUGCCAGCAUCAUGGCUACCAAGAAUGCAUUGUCACGCCGUGGACGGGGGCUCGCUGGACUUACAACGAGCUCAACCAGCAGAGCUCGCAGUUGGCAAGGAGCUUGAUGGCCUUGGGUAUCGGCACCGGAGACCGAGUUGGCAUCAUGGCCGGCAACUGCGAGCAGUACGCAGCUGUCUUCUUUGCCGUUGCUCGGAUUGGCGCAAUCCUGGUCAUCCUCAACAACACGUACACCCCAACAGAGGCGCAGUACGCCUUGAAGUUCACAGACUGCAAAGUGUUCUUCACGACCAAGAAGAUUGGCAAGAUUGACAAUUCGAAACUGCUCGCGGAGUUGAGUGCUCAGCAGCAAGAGCCGAAGAAUGCGAAGCAGCAGCAGAGCAGCCCGAACGUUGUCAUUCUACGCGGCGAUGCUAGCGGCUAUCCCACAUAUAACGACUUGAUCAAGCAAGGCCGCCGUGUAAGCAACGGCCAUCUGUAUCGCCUCAGUCGAAAGGUGCUGCCACACAAUGUUUGCAACCUGCAGUUCACAAGCGGAACGACGGGGCUCCCCAAAGCCGCCAUGCUGACCCAUCACAACAUUGUCAACAAUGCGCGAUUCAUUGGUGAUCGGAUGCGCCUGACCCCGGAAGACAUCCUGUGCUGUCCGCCACCGAUGUUCCAUUGCUUCGGCUUGGUCCUCGGCAUGAUGGCAGUCAUUACACACGGGGCCAAGAUUGUCUACCCGGAGGAGACAUUCGACCCGGCUGCUGUGCUGAGAGCGAUUUCCGACGAAAGGUGCACAGCGGUGCAUGGAGUCCCAGCGAUGUUCGACACAAUCUUCAACCUCCCUCUGCCAGAAGGAUUCGACUGUAGCAAUCUCCGGACCGGAAUCGUGGCUGGAGCUCCUGUGCCGCGGUAUUUGAUGGAACUUAUGGUUGACCGUUUUGGCAUGACCGAGUUUACGAGCAGCUACGGCUUGACUGAAGCGUCACCUACUUGCUUCAAUGCCUUUACAGAUGACGCCAUCGAGCAGCGGUUGGCGACUGUGGGAACGCUGAUGCCACAUGCGCGGGCCAAGAUUGUUGACCACGAGGGCAACAUCGUGCCUGUUGGAUGCCGGGGCGAGCUCUGCAUUGCAGGAUACCAGCUGCAAGCGGGUUACUGGAACAACUCGGAGAAGACGGCCGAGGUUAUGAUACACGAUGAGGCUGGAGUGCUGUGGCUGCACACUGGAGACGAGGCUGUCUUCACAGACGAUGGGUACUGCACGAUUACCGGGCGUUUCAAGGACAUCAUCAUCAGAGGUGGCGAGAAUAUCUACCCGCUCGAGAUCGAAGAGCGAUUGAUGGCGCACCCCAGCAUCAGCCAAGCGAUUGUCACCGGCUUGAAAGAUGCCCACUACGGCGAGGUCGUUUGCGCGUUCUUGAACAGCGAGUCGGCGGAGAAACGUCCCACCAUCGAGGAGGUGCGUGACUGGGUCAGGCAGGAGCUGGGGCGACACAAGUCGCCAGCACACGUAUUCUGGCUGGGCGAAGACGGCGUGCCAGCAGAUGUGCCACUGACAGGCUCGGGCAAGGUCAAGAAGUUUGAGAUGGCUCGAUUCGGCGAGGAAAUCCUGCGCAAGAGGCGACUCGAGAAGCUCUGAUGGGGUCGACGAUCCGCGUUGGCGUCCAGACAAGAAGCACACUAGAUUGGAAUUAUAGACAAGACACUCAGGCGAUCUCUCAAUGGUCUGGCAUCAUGGGGCGUAGUGAGAACUAGGUAGACCAAAGGCACCGCACGGUCUUGUGGUUGAGCACUGCCCCGCACCACCGUUUGUUCAGAGUCCAUCCACGAGCGUGCUUGCCCCAGAGAGACUGCCACGUGCGUGCACUUGUCCUGGAUGCCAUAGGGAUGGGGCGCCCGCCCAUAACG